AUGAAGGAAGCACAGAAAAAGCGGAAGUACCAGUUAAAUGAAUUGGAGAAGUACAGAUUGAAUGCAUAUGAGAAUACACUCUUAUACAAAGAGAAAAUGAGAAGGAUGCAUGAUGACCAUCUCAGGAAAGAGAAACAAUUUCAAAUUGGAGAACAAGUUCUCCUCUUCAACUCAAGAUUGAAGCUUUUUUCUGGAAAACUCAAAUCUUGUUGGUUAAGUCCCUACACGGUCACACAGACAUUUCCUCAUGGUGCUAUCGAAAUCUUCCAUCCCACUAAAGGAAAGUUUAAGGUCAGCGGUCAUCGGUUGAAGCAUUAUGAAAUUAGAGAGGGAGUUCCUCACUCUACAAAUUGUGGUGCAGUGUUGCUACAUGAACCCCCCGGUUAA